AUGCGCCAAGAUACUGCCGUCAUUGAAACCGUUGCCUUUUCCGUCGGAGAAGUAAGACGCGUCCUCAGUCAAAUAAAACCAGACAAGUCUCCUGGACCCGACGGAAUUCCUGGUCUGAUACUUAAGGAGCUAUCAAAGGAGCUGGCGAAGCCUCUUUCGACGCUCUUUGAGCUGUCAAUGAGAACAGGAAGGCUGCCAUCACAGUGGAAGACAGCUAACCUCGUUCCCUUACAUAAAGGCGGUAGCAGGAUGGCAGCAAGCUGUUUCAGGCCUAUUAGCCUAACCUGCCUAUCGUGCAAAACGAUGGAAGCUCUAGUAAAGAGUGCCAUACAGCAAUUUUGUGAAGAAAAUAACCUCUUGCAGGAUUUCCAGCAUGGCUUCCGGAGAGGACGUUCUUGCCUCUCAAAUCUGCUAGCUUGUCUGGAGAUCUGGACCAGGGCCCUAGAAGAGGGUUUUGAAGUUGAUGUCGUGUACAUCGAUUUUCGCAAAGCCUUCGAUACUGUCCCGCACCAACGCCUUCUUCACAAAUUGAGCGCCAUCGGCAUCCGGGGAGAUCUUCUGAACUGGAUAGGGGCGUUUCUGAUUGGUCGGAAACAACGUGUUUGCAUCGGUGAUGAUAUGUCAGAAUGGGUGAGCGUGACCAGUGGUGUGCCUCAAGGCUCAGUUCUGGGACCAUUGCUAUUCCUCCUUUAUGUUAAUGACAGCCUUCAGGAACUCGACUGUGGCAAAAUAAUGUUUGCUGACGACGUUAAGCUCUGGCAAGUCAUUAAGAGUCCUAACGACCAGAGAUCCCUCCAAAACAAUCUUCAUCGACUGCAAGCGUGGUCGGAGAAAUGGCUUCUAGACUUCAAUGUGCAGAAGUGUGCCGUCCUCCAUCUGCGUCCAACUAACUCUCAUUCAAAUCAGAGCCUGAGGACAUAUCAUCUGAAAGAUAUAAGACUCCCCGCAGAAUCUUCACAGAAGGAUCUCGGGGUUUGGAUACAGAACAAUUUGAAACCAACAUUGCAGUGCCACAAGGCUGCAAAAAACGCAAUGGGAGUGCUGCAUGCAAUCAAAAGGGCGUUCGUUACCUUUGAACAAGACCUCUUUGGGAGAGUUUACGGCACCUUCGUUCGGCCCCACUUAGAAUAUGGCAUACAAGCAUGGCGGCCAUGGCUUGUAAAGGACAAAGCAUGCCUCGAACGGGUGCAACGUAGGGCAACAAAGAUGGUAAACGGUCUAAAAAACCAAUCCUACACGGACAGACUGAAUUGCCUUAAUCUAUUCCCUCUGUGUUACAGGCAGCAAAGAGGUGAUCUAAUCCUGGUUUACAAGAUAAUAAAUGGCCUUGAGCAUGGACUUAACUUUGAGGACAUGUUUCAGUGGCACCUUUCACCCAAUCUUCGUGGCCACUCGAUGAAGCUACGGACAACAAUGUCCAGGCUGAACCUUCGUUCUGAAUUUUUCACGCAAAGGGUAGUGGAGAAAUGGAACGAUCUCCCCCAGUCAGUCGUGGAGGCGACAUCCCUGCAACUCUUCAAGAAACGCUUGGAUGAUUAUUUGUGUCCCCUGUUUUCCCUCGACAGUCUGAAUCUGAGCUUAACACCCCGGUUCCCCACAUAUUUUUUCUCUGUGACAAUGCUACUCAAAUGA